CAUCCACUGUGCUGCGCCCUCGCCUUCGUCGCCACCUCCAGCACAGAGCUACCAGGAGGCUGACAAAACCCCCAAACUCCGCUGCGCAGCGCAGCGCCGGGUUUCUCCUCCCUUUCUACGUCGUCGCCGCCGGGAAGCUUCGGACCCGCGACUCCGCGGGCGACAUCUCCAGCCCGCCAUGGCCCCCUCCUCCGGCGACAACGACGGCGCCUGUGAGAAGGCUCUCACGAAGGCGGCCUCCGACGGCGACCUCUGUCGCCUCGAAUGUGACCUGUUGGUGAUGCUUUCAUCGAACAUGGGUGUAGUUACUCUGCUGCAUAUCGGGGUAAACUUUGGCCGUCUGGGGUACGCCGAACAGCAUACGCCAAAGCAUCGGUUCGCUGAUUUCGAUGAGGUUUCUCUCUGCCCACGCGCAUGCAGUUUCAGUCAAAGCGGGGGCGAAAAGCGUGUUUCGAGAUGCAGUGUCAGUCAUAUGCAGUUAGGGGUUAUUCUCAGCUCUUGCGUGUAAGGAAAUUGAAGAUGGAACUGAUAGAUUGAUGAGGAGGUCAAAACAAAUAUCUCCAGCCCCUACUCAUCUCAGUAUAUACUCACCACAAGCUGUCAACUUAACAUUGAUUGGUCUGCCGGGUCGAACUAAGGUUGCUAUAGAGUGGCAGCUUGAAAACAUUGCCCAGGAUAAGGAAAAUGUGGUGCGCUUGUAUGUCGAGAAGACAAACUGCAUUAUACUUGCUACAUCUCCUGCUAAUCAAGAUAUAGCAACAUCGGAUGCCAUUAAGCUUGCUCGGGAUGCUGAUUCCACUGGUGAAAGGAGCUUUGGCAUGUUGACUAAGCUUGAUUUCAUGGACAAGGGAACAAAUGCACUUGAUGUGCAUUAUGUUCUGAAAGAGCUGGUAAGGAAAUGUAAAUGCAAGUAUUUGGUGGAGCAGAUCAAGGAAGUUAUAAAUGCUCCUGGAUAUGGAGCUGUAGCUCUAGGUUCGACUCCAUUUAUGGUGUCUGCUCAAUCUGGUGUCGGUGCUACCGUCAAGUAUUUUCAUGAUCAUGCUGGUGAUGAUAAAGGACGCACAGAUCUCCACCAUGCCGUGGCUGCAGGUAACAGAGUUCCUCCUUUCAAAUGGAGUGCUGGUCGACACAAACUUGAUGCCCAUGGAACACCAGCUUAUGUGGCUGUUGUAAAUGAGCAGGAUAAGACACUGAAGAUUCUGUUAGACCAGCCAACAAAGGCAUUUAGUAAAUGCCCAUCUCCCAAAACAAGAAGUGCGAUAAAAAAUGCUUCAAUAUUUACCUACGUGGUACUCAUGUUGAUUAUCUUUAGCUCAUUUAUAUCAAGUGUGAGUGCUGAAGUAGCAACUCCUAAGUGUCCGGCACCUACCAUCAAUGGUAUUCUCCCAAGAUACACAUGUCCUGUGAUCCAAUUGACAAGUGAUCACUGGUUGCACUCAAAGCGGGAAUCCAAAUUUUUGGUUGGUGGUGACCACGAGGAACAUGAGCAGGUACCAGAACAUUAUGAAGUUGAUGAUUCCCGCCAAGAAUUUGAUUCUCUUGGCUAUAUCUUUCUAAAAGAAUCCACAUUGUGCGAUUGGUUCUUCAGGUUGAGCAUUAUGCCACUUUGGCUAGUUGUCUGGAAACUGCGACAAAACCAACGUGUGAAAUUCUUGUUAGGUGAUAGAAGUCUGAUCCUUGUAUGGAUAGACACGUUGAUACUCAGCAUGUUUUAUCACAUUUGCUGGAUUCUAUAUGGUCAUCUGUUAUCCAAGUCUAAGUCUGGAGACGAGAAACAUGGCAAGCAUAUUUAUCAUAACAACGUAAUCUGCUGCAUACUUUUCCUGCCCAUGCUGAUACUGCUUCUUCGUCGACAUAGAACUGCUCAGGCAGCUAGAUACUUAUGUAUCCGAUUACUGGGCUUAUCAUCUCUUGGGUUGCUCUUCUACUGUUCGAGGGGUGUACAGUCAGAAGAAGAUAAUAUUUCUACAGUUGGCGCGAUUGGUUUUGGAGCAAUGAUAUUAAUGUAUAUCAUUAAAUCGUUUACCGUUGUGGAAGUGAAGUAUAUUACCAUCUUAUUGAAUAUUCCCACUUUGUUUGGUUGUUUGCGCUGUGAGCAUCAUCAUCUACAAUCUUGGUAUGGCUGGGCUUUUCUUGGAACUCUGCUCUACAAGAUUAUGGAGAUAGCAGCAUUCGUCUACAUGUUAUACCGAGAGAGGGCAGCUGGAGCUGAACUACGUUGACUCUGAGAUGAUGUGUCUGCUCUGACUCAAAGAAUGUCAGACUAGAAGGCUUGCUGAAAUGAAUUAAUGGUGUUGACCCCUUAAAACAAAGACAUUUUUGAAUGCUGUACAAAUGAAUAUACUCACCGCACGUGGUCUAUUAUAUCUCUUUUUGCUCCCUGUUA